AUGGGGAUGGUGAAGACUCUCUUCUCCAUUAAUGCUUUCUUCUUAUCUUCUAUUAUCAUCUUCAUCAUCGCCUUUUGUCCCUCAGCCUUUGCAGAUCCACCACCAUAUCCGCAAGAUGCAGUGAUCGACAUAUACGGGCAAAGCCUCCGACCCGGAAGAGGUUACUUUAUAUACGAUAUCAUCAGCAACUACGCCAUUGUACCCAGCACUGCAGGCCCCGAUGGAUGCCCCAUUUAUGUCGCCAUAAGCUCAUCUUCUUCCAUCGCCUCUCCAGUGAGCUUUCUCUCAGCAAAAGGCCGCGAAGGUACCAUUCGUCUCGAUGUUUCUGUCACCAUCCAGUAUACUAACCCCCCGCCCUGCGUCAAUAGCUCCUUGUGGCAGGUUGCGCCGCCGGACAAAAAUAAAGGCGGGCAGCAAUUAGUAACACUUGGUGGAGAACAAGGGAAGCCGGGUUGCGAUACCAUCAGAACCUGGUUUAAGAUCAGAAAGGUACAGAGAUAUCAGGAAAGGAACAUCUACAACCUUGUCUAUGACCCUAACGAUGUCUGCGACGUCGCCGUGCAAACCUAUGGCGUCGGCUACGGCGACAGCAGAAAUGAAGUGCAGCUUUUGGCACUUGUUGAUGUGAGUCCAAUUCCAGUGGUAUUCCAGCCGGUCAAUUGA